CAUAUUCUUAGGCUUCCUUGGAAUUGGUUGAGAUUUUGACUCAUGCAGCACUAAUAUAGAUUAGUCAAGGAAGAUCUGCUUAGGAUAUACACUAUGGGGUCUGAUGAGGCCUACAACUUUGUUUUCAAAGUGGUUCUUAUUGGGGAAUCUGGCGUUGGCAAGAGCAACUUGCUGUCACGAUUCACCAAGAAUGAAUUUAAUCUUGACAGCCGGACAACCAUCGGAGUGGAGUUCAGCACCAGAACUGUGCAGCUAAACGAUCUCACCAUCAAAGCUCAGAUCUGGGACACUGCGGGACUGGAGCGGUACCGGGCCAUCACUUCUGCAUAUUAUCGAGGAGCGGUUGGAGCUUUACUGGUCUAUGACAUUUCAAAGCACUUGACGUAUGAAAGUAUAGAGCGCUGGCUGAAGGAGCUCUAUGAUCACGCAGAUCCUCAUAUCGUAGUGAUGCUUGUGGGAAACAAAACGGACCUGGCAGCAGUACGAACUGUUCCAGCAGAGGACGCAAAGGACUUUGCAGAAAAGAAUGAUCUCCUGUUCAUGGAAACCUCUGCUUUGGAGUCAGUAAACGUUGAGGCGGCGUUCAACACUGUGCUUACAGAAAUCCAUAAAAAGGUGAGCAGCAAAGAAGUGACCCGAGGCUCUAUCAAUGCUGUGACAUUAUCCCAGCCUAAAGCUCCAGCAGAAGAUGGACAGGAGGAAAAGAAGACCUGCUGUAAGAACCUGUGAAAGAACAUAUUGCAUAGAGGAGUUCAGCAUGAACAGUAGAGUUAUCAUAAAGAAAGAAUGAGUAUGAUAAAAAAAAAACCCAAAGGAAAUCCAUUUCAUUGACUGACAGCCAUAUUUGUAUUGUUAAAUAUUAUGUAACAAUUAAAAGGCAUUUUAAUGUUUUUCAGGUUUGACAAGGAUUAAUGUCAGUUUUAAUUAAUUUAAAUGUUAAAUGUUCCCUCUCAGUACGAGAUUUUUGUUUGUAUUAUUUAUGAAAUGUCAUGCCAAACCUUUCUCUCUCUCUCUUUUUUUUUUACUUACAUUUAUUCACUUAACAAAAUGUUUUGUCCAAAGAGACUUACAAAUAAGAAAUACAGCAAGCUUUUCAUCUUACUCAAGUUAUUGAGAUCAAUAGAUGCUGGACACAUAACCUUAUCACUUUAAUUAGCAUAAGAUGGAGGACAGAACUUUUAUUUUAUUUUAUUUACAUGCUCAUCCAGACUGUUAAGUUUUUAAUUUGAUGUAUUUAACAUGCCUAAUGAAGAUAACUGAAAACACACACACGGUAAAGAAAAAAAAGUAUUUUUAUUAUUUAAGACUGAUCAGCACUAGUUUAAUAUUUUGUGCUAUUAAAAUCUAUAUGUAAAAGAUUUAUAAGCAAAGUGUUGAUUUGUAUCUUCACAAAUGAAUGCUGAUGCUGCAUGUAUUAGGGUAAAGUGGGGGGAAACACCUCCCUACUCUUUCUCCCAAAAUAACCACUAGAUAAGUCAAGAUACAUUUAUGUUGUAAAUAUGGGCUUCUGGACACAUUUAACUUCUGUUUCACAAAGAAAAAUUUCACAGCUUUCCCCCCGCUCUGCCCUAUCAGUUGCUGCUGUUAAGACAAUAAAAAUAAAAAUAUAGAGAGCAUGUCAUUUUCCAUAAAGAAUUAAAGCAGAACUAUGUAUGAAAAA